GUGACCCGACUUCCAGAAGUCAAUUGCGAUAAUUCCAUUAGUACAAAAAUUCCAUCUCCCAUCCCGAUUCGCCAUUGCCAGGCUCGAGCGAGCAACGCUUGUCAAACUUGUCUACCCGCCUAUUGAAAAUUCCAUAUCGUCCUGGCACCUGCUGCCUGCUUCCUUCAUCCACGGGCAGUUGGCAGACACUCCCGCUUCCCGUAGCGCAUAGGCCUCCUCGCUCUGCGCAAAGUUUAUAAUCCCGACGCGAGAUCAAGAGAGAGAAAUAGAGAGAGAGAGAACGAGCGCAUCGUGCUCGUGUGGCAGAGGUUAAAUAUGGACAUCCUGGAUCACUCUGAGGACGAGGAAGAGCAGAGCUACUACGGCAGCGGCAGCAGGUUCGGCUGCAGGUGGCAGAAGCCGAGGUCCAAGAGCCACCACCAGCUGCUGCUCAUGGACAGCGUCGGCAACGGCAACGGCAACGGCGGCGUCGACGGGGACGGCGCGCCGGAGGAGCAGGAGAUCGUGCCGCUGCCCGAGUACGAGCGGCUGUCCCAGUCCGCGCGCCUCCCGCAGGACCCCGACCCCAAGAACCCGCUGCUGCCGGAAUACCGGGUCGCGUCCCCGCCCCCGCCGCCGCCGCCGAUGCCGCGGCCGCAGAAGAAACCGGCGGCGUGGAGGCUGAUCGAGUACGUGCGGUCCAGGAACAAGUCGGGCGUGCCCGGCGGGUGCGGCUCGUCGGACGGCGACUCCAGGAGCUCCGACGGCGAGAAGGAGGGGGAGGACGGCGGCGGCGAGGAGGGGAAGAAGGAGGAGAAGGGUAAGAAGCGGUCGUCGUGGCUGCCGGACCGCGAGCGCCGGUGGCCGGUGCAGGGGUUCUACUAGCUAGGGUGGCCGGGUCUCCGUCCGCGUGUCGUGCGACUUGUCGUCG